AUGGGAAAUAAGAUGGAAAUAGCAAAGGCGUGCGAGGUUCUAUGCGACUCUUAUUAUGAAGUCAAGGAGUAUAAACAAAGUAUUACCUUUGGAAAACGAUCAUUAGAUAUUGCCAAGGAAGUGGGAGAUAAAAAGCAGGAAGCAUUAUUGUACUAUAACCUAAGCUGGUCUUAUUAUAAUGCUGGAGACUAUAAAGAAAGCCAAGAAUACGGCAAACAAUCAGCGAGAAUUGCCACGGAAUUGGGAAGUAAGGAACUGGAGGCAAAAGCGUGCCGCGUUCUUGCUUGGUCGUUUUACGAGGUUGCAUUCUAUAAACCAAGCAGAGAAUACGGCAAACAGUCUUUGAGUAUCGCCAAGGAAGUAGGAAAUAAGGAACUACAAGCAAAAGCGUGUCAUUUUCUAGCUUGGUCGUAUUACGAGACUAAAGAACAUAAAAAUAGCCAAGAAUAUGGUGGACAAUCAUUAAGUAUUGCCAGGGAAAUUAGAAAUGGGGAACUGGAGGCAGAAGCUUGUCACGUACUAGCAUGGUCAUGUCAUAAAGUUGGUGACUAUAAAGAAAGCGAAAGAUAUUGCAAUCAAUUACUGCAUAUUGCCAAGGAAGUGAAAAAUAUGGAACUGGAAGCAAAAGCGUACCAUAUUCUGAGCUGGUCGUAUUAUAUGUUUGGAGACUAUGAACAAAGCAAAAGAUUCAGCAACCGUUUACUGAAUAUUGCCAGGAAAGUGAAUAAUGGAGAGCUGUAUGCAAAAGCUUGUUAUGCUUUAGCUUGGUCGAAUGAUGCGACUAAAGACUACAAAAACAGCAAAUCACACAGCAGAGAAUCACUGAAAAUUGCCCAAGAUGUGAGAAAUAGGGAGCUGCAAGCAGCAGCAUUCUGUGCUCUAGCUUGGUCAUGUUACAGGGUUCACGAAUUAAGAGAAAGCAUAGCAUACAGCAAAAAAUCACUGAGGAUUGCUCGGGAAGUUAACAAUGGGGAACUGCAAGCAAAAGCAUGCUGUGUUUUAGCCUGGUCGCAUAAUGCGAAUAAAAGCUAUGAACAAUGCGAAUUUUACAGCAAAAAGUCACUGGAAAUGGCCAAGGAGGUGCAAAAUGGUGAACUGGAAGCAGAGGCAUGCAUUCUUCUAGGCCGGUUGUACCGUUUGCUGUCCAAAUUUAAAGAAAGCGUUGAAUACAGCAAACAAGCGCUCCAAAUUGCCAAGGCAGUAAAAAAUAAGCAAUUGGAAGAAGAAGCACAUAUUGUUCUAGAUUGGUCGUACCACUCGACUCACACAGUUGAGCACGGUAAGGAUGACUCAAUGUAAUGUUUUUGUUAAGUCCUUUUAGAAACUACUUUUAAAAUGAUUUAAAUAUGAAGAGCAUUUAUCAGGAGGACCCGCUGAAAUUGAACAAAAAAAUAUCUUGAAACUAUUACAGACAACAAGCUACGAUGCAACUGAAAUUAUCAAAAGAUGUACGAGAAUUCCUUUCACACACAUCAUGAAACAAACAAGUGCUAGAACAAGUAAAAUUCUGUCCGUACAUGGUUCGUCCAGCUAGCAUUGCUGACCUUAAGUGUGGGUGGACGGCGACAUAGAGUACGGUGACUUUGGCGGCGGCGGCUUGGGGAGGGACGACGUUGACUAGGCGAGAGAAACAAUAAGUUUCAGUAGAGGUGACGGUCGAAGACGUUUUUUUCAACUUUAUUGCAAUUGAAGGUUCGAGAGAAUGAGUUCCCUGAAAGAGAUCCGAGAGAUUUUGGUAUACUUUUAUAUGAUGGUGUCAUAUCAGGUGAGGAAUUGGUUCUCUUGUACAGUGAAAUCUAGUUGAGCGCUUUGUUACUCGAAAGAGAAUGUUCGUCGCUUCAUUGAGCCUAUUUGCAAUCUACGUAUUGCGGCUGGUAAUCGAGCUUACACAGUUCUGGGCCUGAAGCAGUAACGUUAAAUUACAAGAAUUUCUUUAGCAAGCUGAAAAUCGUCAUCUUUAGUCCACUCCACAUUCUUAAAAUAAGAACAAAUUAAUACGAUGGACAGCUUGCGCGCGAUAAACAAGCCGAGUUCCUUCAUCCAGCUUUACCAAGGGGUUUAUUUUGUCGAAUAAAUGAACAAUGUACACGUAAUUUCAUUUUGGCCUAUAACGUAAGCAGAAAAAAUGAACUAAAUACUUCGUGAAUAAAGAAAAGUGUAGAAGCCGAUGUUCAAAUGAUGCGAGAAUAUUAAAUGUGAUAAUUUUAUCGCUGGGAAUUCUAAUCCUGCAGCUGUACCAUUUGGACAAAUUCAGUGUACUGUAUUCCAUCAUAAAAUAGUAUUAUAAUGAGUAUUUGAAAAAGGUUUAGAUCAGGAAAUACUAAAACCACUACAACGAUGAAAAGGACAAAAAGAGCAAAUGACUUUUUUACUUUUAGGUUUUCUUGAUUCCAACUAUUAUUGUUAUACUUCGCUAUACUUAUUAUUGUAAAUAGACUUAAUUAUUACUAUCCAAUUGUAAAUUGCACUUUAUAACAUAGCGCGCGUGCUUGCCCUAUUUACGCACGCCCGUGCGUAAAUAAGAUGACGUAAGCAUUUUUUUUUUACCUGGCUGCAGAGUUGUCGUCUGUUAAGCUGCAAUGCAGUUUUCCUUCUCUUUAAAAUAUCGAAGAAACCAGCGAAGAACUGCCCAAUUUUUCUAUCGGCAUUGACCUUUUAGGUCCUGAUCCAACAAGCAGCAAAAAUAGAGCCGAAUUAAAACAAACUCACUUGUUGCGCGUUUCGCAAAUUUGUCGGAAGACCAGCUGCAGCACAUUUUGGCCGAUAAACAUUCACUGGGAACAGAACAGACACCAACUGGUCAUCAACAACAUUAAGAGGUUAAAUUUCCGUUUUUAUUGUUGUUUUUAAAUUUGUUAUGCACUUUUUUUAUCUCUGGACAAUCCGACUGAGGCAGGAAGAUUUCUCUCGCAAUAACAACACAAAUUACACAAGAAGACGUAAAUUUAUUACUCACAAAAACAACUGCUGCCAGGUCUUCUCAAGAAGCCGUAAUGACCAGCCAAUGUUUGUAAAUGAAUAUGAGUUUAAAGAAGGAUGACAGUUGUCUUCACUAAAAACAUGUUUUCUGGAUUUCGAGCAAAACGUAAACAUCUUUUCAGCAAAUCCAAACCAUACUCCACGACUUCUUACGAAGAUGUUAGUAUUUUAACUUUAGGUGAACUUUAAGACUCUUUUACCUUUGUUUCUGCUUAGUUUCCAUUGAUCGUUAACGAAUAAAGAAGCAAAUUUUCUUUCUCAGUUUUACAGAAAAGCUAUAGAAAGAAUAUUUUCAUUCAAACUAGAUGAUUGUGGUGUUUUCGUAAUCAGCCAAUAGAAGCGUUUGUUAUUGUGUAGCGCGUUACGAGAAUUUUGUAGUUAAUCAAAAAGCAAGCAUUUUUGUCAGCUAUGUUAUAAAAGAAUUUGCUCAUGCUUUUAGCUGUGCGUAUAUCGAGUUAUGGAUGCACUUGGGAAGUUUGGAGAGCACUCAAGAAGCUAGAGUUGCACUCGGCUGUCGCCUCGUGCAACUCUUACGCAUCUUUCGUGCUCUCCAAACUUCCCGCGUGCAUCCAUAACUCGAUAUACGCACGCUAAGCAUGAACAAAUUCUUAAGUUUAUUCCGUUUUUAACUCCCAGAAGUGUUAAUAAAUUAUUAUUAUUAUUAUUAUUAUUAUUAUAACAUUUGCCAGCCUCGUCCCCAGCCGCUUCCUCUGUUUCCUUUAGAAAGUGGGACGAGAAGGAAUGAUGUUGAACAUUUGCCUGUUUCUCGGCAGUUUCAGAGUAUGAAGGGCAUUUACCAGUUUAUAUGACAAACAUUUUAAAAAAAGCUGUUGACACCCGUUCAGUGGUAUUUAUGCUGGUCUUGCUUUGUUUUAGGCAGAAACUCGGCUAUUUCCUCUUUGCACAACGUGUGAAAUCUUCCGUCUUUUUUUUCCCUCGCUGCAAAAACAACUGAGCUACGGCGCCUUCUGCUAUCCCUUUUUCUGUCGAUAUUAAACAAUUAUUUGAUAAGGUUAUUGUGAUAUCCGGAAUAAUCAAGGUCGAGGUACGUUUUAUCAGCCGAGCCGAAGGCCGAGGCUGAUAACACUUACCUAGACUUUGAUUAUUUAGGAUAUCACAAAAACCGAAUCUAAUAAUUGUUUUAUUAUACAUUGUUGUAAAGAAAAUAACGACAAACAAAUUUGCAAGGAACUUGAAUUGAUAUUUCUAUCGGAAAUCAUUAGCUGUGGGCUUUUCAAGUAGCCAAUGAGAAGACAGAUAAUGAGUACCAUGUAUAGUAAUCUGCACAAUCGGUGACAAUUGUACCGAUAUCUGCAAACGUCUUUCAAAUUUGGUCAACGGUAGCUGGAUAUGAAAAAAAAUAUUGAGCCAAUCGGAAACGGAGAAAAUAAAUCGCUGUGGUGCAAAUGCUAGUAAGAGCUGUCUAACUCCAGCAUUUUUAAAUGCUAAAACUGUAAAACUGCUAAACUGUUUUAAAAAAGACUUUGCUCGUGGACACUUUUAUGGGUAAACUGAAUACGAUUUUAAAUCUAGACGAAUGGCAACAAAAGGUAUCUAAAAACAAUAGAUGUUCUUAGCGUUAUCUUUCUUUCUUUUGCCUUUUGCUCUACCCUUUCAUACAAUUACUAUCCAAAACAUCUGUGACGUAAAACUAUAUUACAAGUGUUUUUUAUAUCUAGUUCCGAGCGAGAUCAAAGCACGAGGACCAGGAGCACAGAUUGCGUAUGAAAAUGCUUUGAAGACUGGAAAAGUAAAGGUGUAUCGAACCCGAAUCAUGCUGAUAGGUCAAGAUCGUGCGGGAAAGACAAGUUUGAAGAAGUCCUUCUUAGGGCUGCCAUUUGACCCUGAGGAAGAACGUACUGACGGAAUCGAAGUUGACCCCUCGAAAUUCGAAGUAGACACUGAUCUAGUAAAGAACUGGAAACGCACCGAUGAAAAGUUGGAAGUUUCUCAAUUUGCCGCUGAUCUUGCAAGGAUGGUGGCUAGAGAACUCCAAGAGAAUGCCGACGACGAAGAAGAAGGAGAUGAGGAAAUCAAUGGCGAAGACAACGAAAUCGAAAACGAGGGAAAUGUUAAUCUAGUCCAGGUAAACCAAAGAGGAGUAACUUCAGAAUACCUAGCUCUCGGGUUAAACUUACUGCUACCGCGGUUCCUAGCCCCGUAGUCGCUUGCUUGAGUAUCAGACCUAUCUUAAGGGGUUAGGGGAGGGAGAUGGGAACGAGGUUGCUUUCUGCUUCUCAGUCUCUUCCCCUUUCCCCUGAAACACCUGAUAUUUAGGCUACGUAGUCGCUAAAUUUAAAAUUGUCUAUAAUUGUGUGUAAAUGUCAUGCUUCCGCAGUCCUUAGUCCAGCGGUCGCUUAAUUAACAAUUAUUCCUCGAGUCCGGCCGAAUCAGAGGCCAUGAGGGCGAGAGGAAUAAUUGUUUUAGUAAAAUCUAACUAGUUGUUAAAAAAUAUGGAGAAGAAAAAAAAAUUAGCUAUUGAAAGCUAGACUUUAAUCCUUUUUUGCCGCCAAAAAUCCCACGCUUUUCGAUACUAGUGGGCUAUAACAUAUAGCCUGGUAGUAGCUCAACCAAUCAGAAUGCAGCAUUGCUAAUAGACCACUAGUUGGAUUGUACUAAAAGUAAAUAGCCCACGUUCGGUAUAUUAAAAUUCUAACAUGACUUAGCUGAUGAAUCUGAGGCUUUCUGGUUAUUUUUCUAUAUUAUUUUGGUUUGAUUUUCUUUGUGCUCAAGUCUCUUCUGGAAAUUGCGAGACAAUGCAUAUGGGGUCGUGAAAAAUUUACAAUUUUGACCCUAAAUCCCUAAAGCCUCGGAGUCAUCUUAGAAUUUUAAUAUAUCGAAAGAGGGCUAUUGACUAAGUGUUUAAAUGAGCACCGCAGUGGCAGGAUAUGAUGAGGAAUAUUUCAGAGAAGUUUAGCCACUAAUGCACACAGCACAUGUUCCUUGUGGUACUUGAAAAGCAACUCCAGGCUAACAAACAAAACAUUCUCAGGCUCGUACUGCAUGUAACGAAAACAAAGCGUCGUUGACUUGGUAAUUAUCGGAAGGCCCUUUUUUUUAAUUGCCGGAUUUCAUACGGAGGGGACUAAGUACUAGUGCACAUAUAAGGGAUUAUCAACAAUCGCAAAGAACACAGCCAGCCUUACAAAAUCCUCAAAUGUGGUUUUAAUCUGGAUACAACCAUUCAAAUUCGCAAAAAUUUAGUAAGAUAUAUAUAAAUUGCCGGAUACAUUGUCCGGACGUCUAUAUAUCUCUAAAGCCCCGUGCAAACGGACGCGACAUUGUUGGAUGUUACAUGUUGCAUCCGUUUGCACACCCUGUUGCAUGUUGUUGGGAGUUGUUGCGCAAAGUUUGAAACUGGUCAAACGUUGAGCUGCGUGAAAACGGACGCAACAACUCCCAACAUUGUUGGGAGUUGUUGCGUCUGUUUGCAAGUACCUUUAGUAAAUUUUUUUUGCGCUUUUUUGUUUGCUGUAUCUCAUGCCAUAUUGGCCAGAUAAACACCAAACGUGAGGAUUUUUCUCGGUGUGCGCUUUCAGACUUUGAGGGCCUUGUGUUGGUAAUACACGACUUGUACCGAAUCCCCCAACGAACACGUAUGACAUUAAGCAACAACUGCGCGGCCGCGCCUUUUUUUUUGUGAUUUCUCGAUUUUCCAAGAAGAGCCUUUAAAAGAUUUUGGAUACAAUUGGUUCCUAUUAAAUAGGUUUGUCUUUAUGGGCUUAUCUUGUAGUUUGGAUUUGACGAUCCUCGAGAACUUCAGGAACAAGAAACAAGUAUGGAGCUAUUUAUGGAAGAGAAACCAACCCUCUUUAACUCUCAAAUGAAUCAGGUCAGUUUAACCCCCCCCCCCGUGAGUUUAUAUUUUGUUCCAGGAGAGGGGCAUGAAGAGACAUCCUUGUUGGAGCGAGUGUAAACAUGGCAGAUCAGCGCUUCACUCCCAGUGGAAACUCCUUUCUCACAGUUGACUCAAUUGUAAGGAUUAGCAAGUGUAAAUCGCUCAAUCGAUUCCACUUCACCUGCCCGUUACCGCCAGUAUGUAACCUUGUGCCGCUUUUGACUUCAUAUUUCUGUAGGGUCGUAGACAACAUUUACAAAUAUUUUCUGCAAUGGGCGAGAUCUCAAGAACCAUAACCGAAUGAGCGUGAUUCAGUUACACAGACUACUUUGUAGAAAAUGAAGCCCAUUUGGGCUGGAAGAAUAAUUGUUAAAAAUUCUUCCUGGAAAUGUCCAAAAUAUAGUCAAUGCAACCUCAUCACCUGGGCUUCUUUUCUUCUAUGGGAAAAGCCUAGGGGAUGAGCUUGAAAAAUAACAGCUACAGUAAAACGAGUAUUUUACGCCCCUACCCACAAUUCUCUGUCUAACCCAAGCGACAGUUAUUUUUAGUCAGUGCGCGCGUAAUAUAUAUAAAGCUGGUUCGGUGGACAGAGGGAUUGGGGAGUGGUGCGUGAAAAUAACGCUCAUUGUUUCCUGCCAGAAUGGCUGACUUGCUUAUGUUUAGUCAUAAUGCUGGAAUUUGAAAAGUUACUAUACAGCCCUGACUUAAAAAUGGCACUCAUUUUUCUUGUUACGAAAGUCUUCCAAUAGGAUACAAUGUUCAAAUGAAUUUAGGUUUAACUCUCACAUGAGAUGCUGUGUCACGCAAUGGUCAGCAACAAGAUUAUGUGGUGGCCUGAAUGUGUGGACGUGUACAGCGACCCCUCCCCCAGGAAAUAUCGCCCUUGGCAGCCCAGUGAAAUUCGCCUUUCGCCUAUUCUUGUUCUGUCGCGUUUGAGAGUAGCAUUUUGACCUUUUAAAAAUCGUUUUAGGGUGCAUCUGGUAAAGCCGACGAAAAGGAAGCAAAUACAGCCGUCCCAACUGACUUAA